CUUGUUCUAGGGUAACUUCUUCACAUGUGUCGAUACGAACUUCUUGGAUGUGGACUUCUAUACUGGCAGCGUCAUAAAUCCAGAAAAAAUAAGGAUCAUUCCUUAAGAGAGAUCCGCGCACAAUGCUCCACGAGAUCCUCCUCUCCCUCUCGGGUCAACCAUCACCUCUUUUCAAUCCGGAGACUGAAGGAAGUGCUAUCUCUGAAGAUGCCUUUCCCUUGGUUUCCCCUCCGGAGAAAGCCCUCCUCGCCUCUCUUGCCCGUCUGAGCCGUCUCCAUACCGAACUACGAACACAUACCGCCUCAAUCUCCUCCUCCCACCCUUCUGUUAUUUGUCGCGCAGUCUCGACGGCCAUAAGUUCACGUCAUCUGGGCGAAUUCCAAAGGAAAAUCUUAGAAGUGGAGAAAUCGAUUCUGGUAGAGGAUAGUGGUUAUGUGGGCGGUUACGGAAUCGUGCCAUUGUCGACGAUUGUUGGCGAAUUUUCUCCAUGGACGCGACGAUUGGAAUGGCUGUGGGAGACGGUUAGGUUGAUAUGGCCCGUAGACUCCCGGAAUAUAGACCAGCUUUGCACUGGCGUGGCUCUGAUCGACCACCUUCGGGCGGAAACGCGAACAGGAUACGUUGACCUGAAAGACAUGGCCUUGCAUUUGGUUGGUGUCGCAGAGACUGCUUGGAUGAGGCAGUUGUCCCCCUGGUUGCUGUACGGAAAUCUCCCCAUCCUCGGUGGAUCCGACUUCUUCAUACAACGCGAUAAUGCAAGCCAUGAUCAACCGCCCGCUGCCACGCAAUUCGUCAUGCAUCCAGAGCUCCUGCCCCAGUUUGUAACAGCUCAUACAGCCUCAUCCAUCUUGUUCAUCGGCAAAACGUUGAAUCUCAUUAGAGCAAAGCGCAAUGCACCUGCUGCGAACCCCUCUGCGGGCUUAUCGACUACUUCCGUCACACUACACACGGAACAUAUAGAACAGCUUGCUGCAUUGAAAUCACCUAUAUCAGCGUCGAGACUGUCGAGUGCCGUGAAUGCCAUCCGGUUCUCUCUGUCCCAAAGCACGCUCUCCAAGAUUUUCCCACUACCCAAGAUUCUCGAAGUCCUCUCAGUUCUCCACGAUUUUCUAUUACUCCGACGGGGCGAAUUUGCAACGGCUUUGGUAUCUCAUGCCGAUACACGUAUUCAAGAGAGGUAUCGAAAACACGGGCAUUCAGCCUCCAGACAUAACCCAUCAGAAGAUCUUAAGGGGCUUUCUAUUAAGGAAGGAGAUGUAGUGACUGCUCUGUCACAGACGCUCUCAGAGCUUUACUCGCUGCAAACCGAAGAAGAUCCUGCAGACGAUGAGCUUGACCUUGCAAAAGAGCUGCUUCGGCUGUCGAUCAAGCAGGAUAUUGACAAUAGCCCAGCGCUGUCUCCCGAUCUUGCUGGAUCUGAGAUGAAUGCUAGAAUCUCGGACGUCGCCUUUGACGAUCUUCUUUUCCCCACUCCAACAUGUCUCUCGGUCCACGUCCGCUCGCCUCUCGAUUUGUUUCUGUCCGCCUCUGAUAUAUCAGUCUACUCGAAGAUUCACUCUUACAUUCUUGGUAUCCGACGCGCCCAGAUGCAUUUAGGCGACUUGUGGAAGCAUACCUUCCUUCGAAAGAUCCAUCCAUCCCCGUGGGGUCCACCUCGCAGCAGUACUCCUUACGGCCAGAGUAGACUAAAGCUCGGCAGACAAAGAGACAACAUCAGGACUCGGCAGAUGAGGCCAGUCUGGGCAACGAGCAGUGCCUCCCUCUUUGUUCUAUCAGAAUUAGGGAGCUACUUCCAGGGAGAAGUUCUCAAUGGCAACUGGCAACACUUUCGAGAAUGGAUCGAAGGUGGAUCCCCAACAACGGGCUCACGACCUGGAACCGCGUCCUCCGCUAAUAGUAAGCGCACCGACCAUUUUCAGGCCAUGAACGGCCCGGCCGAAUCUGGUUCCGGAGGUGAUAGUCAGAUGGUCCAACGGCAUGACCCUGAAACAUUGACCGCGGCGCAUCGUCGUUAUCUCUUUUCUCUCGUUGAAUCUCUUUUCCUCACGGACAUACCCUUUACUAAAGCCCUUCGAUCAUUACUGACGAGCGUGGAACACUUUAUUGCACUAGUAGUUCGACUGGAAAGCAUCCAGCGCAACAUGGACCUCGAGACCGAUGAGGGCGUUGUUGAUGCUUUAGUAGACUAUGCAGGGGAAGAGAAGGAGAUAUGGCAAUCACUCAGUGUUGCGCGGGCUAGUGUCGAAGCUGGAAUUAAGGACGCUGUGGCACGACUGCGAGACAUUGAUGACAGCCGAUCUGGAGAAGGGCGGCAGAUGCUAGAAUUUGUGAAGGACUCACGCGAACAUGGGUCGCUCCAAGCUAAUGGCUCAGCGACCGAGUCUGCUUCCAUCCACUACGUGCCUCGGAAAGCGACUGGUGUUGACCGUCUGCUCAUGAAGCUGGACUUUGGCAAUGCUAAUGGAGGCAUGGGACUUGGAGUCACUGCUGCAGGUACUUUCGGUGAAAUGGCAUAAUUAGCAGGCUGCUCAUUGCUGGCACAUUGCAUUGAAUCGGUCGAGCCGUGGCUGGCUAUUGAGCAGCGAAGACAGAUAUGACUGUCAUGUCACGUUAUGAUUUAUGAAUAGCAUGACUUUACGGUG